AAUGAGUGGAAUGAUGAAAUCUUUAUAUAUUGAAGACAAUGUCUCAAUAAAUUUAAAAAAUAUACCUAUACCUUAACCAUUAAAUGGAUAAGUAUUGAUUAAGGUUGAAUAUUCUCCUAUUAAUCCAUUUGAUAAAGAAUUCUUAAAUGGAUAUAAAAUUGGAUAAAAAACAUUAGUAAAUACUGUUCCUGGAUUUGAAGGAUCAGGUACAGUUAUAGCAUCAGGGUAAUUUAAGAAUUUUUAAAUAUUUAGUGGUGGUUUACUUGGUUGGCAAUUAAAAGGAAAUAGAGUAGCAUUUUAUACAGAACAUUAAUUUGGAGCUUAUGGUUAAUAUGCUAUUGCAGAUGUUAAUUAUUGUGCAGAAUUGCCUAAAAACAUUUCAUUUUAAGAAGGUUGCUGUAGUUUUAUUAAUCCAUUGUCUGUUUUAAUGAUGUAUUAAUUACUUGGAAAUGCUUCUGGAAUUAUUUCAACUGGUGCUUGUACUAAUCUUGGAAGAAUGUUAAUGAGAUAUUGUUAAUAUAAAGGAAUAAAUGUCAUAAAUAUUGUUAAAUCUUAAGGAGAGGAAAAAGUAUUAAAAGAUGAAGGAGCUAAACUCAUUUUAAAUAUAAAUCAAGAUGAUUUUGAUGAAAAACUAAAAUUAAUGUCAUCUUCAUAUAAGUAUAAAUCUUAUAAUUAUUUAUUAAGUACAACUGUUUUAUUUGAUUCGAUGGGAGGAGAUCUAUUAAGUAGAAUAUUGAAUCUAAUGCCUAAUGGAUCAAGAGCAUAUCUCUAUGCUAAUUAUUCUAAAAAAUCACUUGAUGGAAUCUAUAGUGCAAAUUUGAUGUAUUAAAAUAAAAAAAUAUUUGGGUAAUUGUAAUUAAUAAUUAAUAGAUUUUCAUUUGUAGAUACAUUAUAAAGUAAAAAUAUCAUUCAAUUAAAAUUGAUGAUGAAUGAAGUCUUAAAUAAUAUUUAAGGAUAUUUUAAGACAUUGCCAACUUAAAUUGUAAAUUUAGUUUAUAAAAUUAGUUUUCAUUAGAGGAAUUUGAGAAAGCAUUAGAAUCUAAGGAAAAAGCAAUUUUAAAAAUUUGA